AUGGACGAAGAAGAUAUCUCCAGUAAGAUCUCUGUCAAUCUCUUAGACGAAACUGUUUGCUUAGAUGGCGAAGAUCUCACCGAGUUCUGUUUUUACCCCAGUUCUUCUGAGAGGCAGAACCACGUCUACUGGGACGUGGUGCAGUACCCAAUCCCUCCUGGUGCCAAUCUUGCAGACGUUAAAACUAGUAUCAGAGCAGCUCUCGAUCAGUUGGGACUUUAUAGUUGUGAGACUAUCUUUGCGUAUGGUGACAGAAUGAGCCACAGCAAAGAUGAUCUGCGCAAUUCCCGCAUCUUACACUUACCUCAAGGUGAAUUGGCUGUGGACCUUCUUUUUAGAGCAAACCCGUGGUCUCCACUGAAUUUUAUUGUGAUCCCAAGACCAGACACUAAAAGUGAGCUGCACAGGGUUCUCAAGGGUUUACAAUCGAGACAUAACAAUAUUUUCCUAGUGAACCCUAAGGUGCAUGAUGGUCCAUUUGUAUUUGACUCUGGACAGUCGAUAGUUGAUUGUACAGAAGGUUUAGAUGGAGGAAAGCCUAUCAUUGGAGGGAUAAGGAUGGGAGAUGAAACUCCUGUGAUCAAAGAUUCACGCAGUCUCGUUUCUCUGUUUGAAUCUGUGUCUAAAGGUCCUGGGAGGACGGCGUUCGUCUUCUGGGACGUGGCCAAGUACUCAACCCCUACUAAAUCCAAUGUCAUACCUGUUGGAACCGGUAUCAGAGAAGCUCUUCAACGACUCGGCCAUCAUGGUUGUGUGGAAAUCCUGGCGUUGGGUGCUGAAAAAGUGACGUUGAGGCGCGAUGCUGACUAUUUCGAAGAAGCCAGAAUCAUACGCAUACCACAAGGGUUAUAUGCAAAGGCUUGGCAACUUUUCUUACGGUUGAAUCCAGGACCUUUGAUGAUAAUACCAACACUAGACCCAACGUUUCUUCGUUCGUUGCAGAGAAAGGGACGUUACGAUCUUCUCUCAGUAAAGCCGCCUGUUGAUGAAGGCACCCCGCAAGAUGUUAAAUUUCUACACAAUGCACAUUUAAUACUUGGGUGUACAGAUGGUUUCUACGAAGGGAAAAAAAUCGGGAGAGGGAGAAGAGAGAUUAAAGAUAUCCAAGACUUCUCCAAGCCUAUCACAUUCGAGAAAGGGGCAACAGGCAAGUUCGUGUUCGUGUUCUGGAACCUCGAGGAUUUUCCAUUCCCUCCUGGUUUGACUCCUGAUGCGAUCUAUAAGGGAAUCGAAUCAACAUUUCUUGCUUCUGGUUAUGAGCUGGGGAACAUGUUGAUAUGGGCGUAUGUUGAUGACGAGGAAGGGUCUUGGGGUGGGGAUUUCCUGACGAACAAGACUUGGGAAUCAAGUAUCUACUUCCUUCCCGGAGGAGGUGAUAAAUCGGCGAGACGUGAUAGAAUGUUACAUGACAUACUUUUAUGGAUAGUUGACUUGGAACCUAUUCGAGCAGAUUUGGUCAUAGUAUCAAAUGAAGCUAAUAUCAUAGCUGACAAGGAGUUCUCCUCUACGCUUGGAGUGUUGGCUCAGAUGCCUAAAAAUGUUAUCGUAGAAACUGGGAGCUCUUUUUUCCAGUGUUAA